AUGAGCGAGUCAAACGCAGGCUCAGACGACGUCCUUGACAACUGGGACGAUGAUGCCGAGGAAGUCACUGAAGAAGUUCAGACUGCCUCUUCCAACGGUCAACCCGCAAAACCUCAAGUUGAGCAGCAGCAAACAAAUGGGAAGCCAGCAGUUCCUGUAGCUGCCGCGAAGAGCGAAUCUGGAGACGACUCUGAAGAAGACGACGAGGAAGAACCUGAUGAUCUCGACUACAGCUCGGAAGUCUUGUCGUCAUACCGGAGGCUACUGUCCAGGAGAGUAGAUCUAGUUGGCGAUUAUGCUGGAAACGAACUCUUUCUCAUCGACGGCGACUCGUUGUUGCUAAGAUGCUUCUCGGACGAGUAUCUCGACUUCGACGACGGCUUCCAACUUCUUCACGCAGUCUACAAUGUCGAGCGACUGCUACAGCACCUCGUCCGCCGGAAGUGCAACUUUCACGUGUCCUUCUUCAACAGCACCCGGCUGCUGUGUGUUCCUACUGGGACAGCCCCUCACAAUGUCAGCAAGUAUCUUCUUGCACGAGCUGUCGUCAUUCGGCAUCUACAGGCAAAAUUGCCGAAAUCCCAUCCAGAAGUCCAGGCCUGCGAAUUCCCGUGCUAUACUUCGGCCGAAUUCAGCAAGUACCUCAGCGUCCACUCGCCGUACUUCAUCAUGACACAUGAUGGUGCAGAGUCGUCUCACAGAAAGGGAAAGCACAUGGGAGCUGAGAGCCAGACGGUUGUUAACCCCAAUCGUGUCGCUCUUCGCGAGAUGAUUGUCUUCUUCAUUGAGCGCAAUUAUAACGUUGCUCUCGUCAACGGUCUCGAGUGGCGCGAUACUAAGAUCAUGGCCAUGGUCUUGGAGCGUCACUUCCGAGCGGAGAUGGCGCCGAAGGAUCGCGGGAUGCUGCUGGCCUCAAGGGAGAUGGAUGGCAUCGACCUUGACGACAAGCUCUCUCAACUGCGAACAGCCUCGCCAAAGCUUACGGACCGACAGUAUCUUGCUGUCCUCGCACUUGCUCGGAUCGUCAGCACAGCACCUUCAGAUCUCACCGCGAAAGAUUUGGCUGCGCUGGCGCACAGCUUCAUCGUCCACCAAGCUAUAGUAGCUCACAUGCCACUGGGUGCACGGCGACUUCCUGCCUACGCCCCUGAGACUACUCAGCAAGCCUUCGUACAGGCUAUGACGGACUGCGCAGAGUCUAUACUGUUCAGCAAAGCAUGGCGCGAAGGUCUAGCUGGAUCUGGGGAUACGUGCGACCUCUCCGACUUCAUGGAUGGCCGCUUGUUCUUACAUGUCUGUACUGAAACACCGCAGCUGAUCCCAGAGAUGGAGAAGACUGCCCACGACCUUAUCACUGCGUUGCAGCACAUCACCAAGAUCGAUCCGGAAGCUGGUAAUGGUAGCUCGAAGAAAGCAUCGCCUAUCAAGGCAGAGACCAAGACGGACGACGAGAGCUUCCGAAUGGCCGUCAUGCCGUUCACGAACUCAGUCUUUGACAAGCACUUGAGGUCCGUCGGCUUGCUUGUGGAUGAGAGUGUAGCAGGCCAACAAAGUGCCAGCUCGCACCGCAUCUUCCGCGAGGUCACUCACUGGCACAAUGCUAAGAAGCCUUUGGUACAAAAGGGUCCGCCAACCGCUCAGCAGGAGAAGCAGGCGUUCUGGGCAGCCAAGCGGAACCAGCAGUUCAUGGCGGAAAUGCAGAAGUACGCUGCGUCCUUGACCAACGCUGUGGGCAGGAGCCUCGAGCCCGAGACGAUCAUCGUGGGAGCCAAGCCCAAGUCGCACGCUCAGCCUACCUCUGGUACGCAAACGCCCGACUCGGCCGACUCCACGGAUGAGUCUGUGGCGUCGAAGGGGAAGCCACAGCAGCAGAAGGGCGGGGGCGGAAAGAAAGGCAAGCAGAAUACGGGUAAGCAGCAGAUGCUGCUCCAGAUUGCUGCAUCCAAGGCGAAAAAGGAUGAGAGCGCCAGCGACAAGAUCACUAGCGCCUGGCACGUGGUGUGCAAGGGGAUUGAUGCCAGCAGCGAUGUCAGAACGAACUUCAGGAAGGCUCAGGACUACCUGGCGUCGGUACCGUCAGCUUCUAGGAAAGUCAUCUCCGCAGAAGUAAAGCUGUAUCAGCUCAGCUGCUUGCUGAAGUACUGGUCAUUGCUUUGCCGUAACAAGGAGAAGAAUCAGAACAUGGAAGUGGCAGCAUUAGUCUGGAGCACUUGUCGUGGCAUCUGCGAGAGUGACGGCUUAACGAAGGAGAUCUACGGACACGUGGAUGACACCAUUAGCUCCAUGUCGCUUCCUCCUUCGGGUACGGACGUUCCUCAGUCGCUACCUUCGCGCAAGAUUGGCUUCCAGUUCGCGACUCUGCGAGCUGCAGACGAUGUAGCCGUCGGUCUGGCCCCGCAGGAAUUCCAGCUGAGAUAUUGCGGGCCAUACAUGGAGCGGUCCUUCGACAGCAGGCCGGAUCCGCGUGUGGAGUUUCAGCCAGACGGCUGGCAGAGACGGGUUCUGGACGCUAUCGACGCAGACAAGAGUGUCUUCGCGGUAGCUCCAACGUCUGCCGGCAAAACUUUCAUCUCUUUUUACGCCAUGCGGAAGGUUCUCGAGGCUAAUGACAACGACGUGCUCGUCUACGUCGCCCCAACGAAGGCACUCGUUAACCAGAUCGCGGCCGAGAUCCAGGCCCGCUAUUCGAAAAAAUUCAAGUUUGGCGGCAAGUCAGUGUGGGCCAUUCACACCAGAGACUAUCGCAUCAACAACCCGACCGGCUGCCAGGUUCUGGUCACCGUCCCUCAUGUACUGCAGAUUAUGCUGCUGGCCCCGACCAAUGCUAGCUCUUGGUCUUCCAGAGUGAAGCGUAUUAUCUUCGACGAAGUGCACAGCAUCGGUCAAGCGGAGGACGGUGUGGUGUGGGAGCAAUUGCUAUUACUGGCGCCUUGCCCAAUCAUCGCUCUGUCAGCUACGGUUGGCAAUCCGGACGAGUUCAGUGACUGGCUUGGAUCUACCCAGAAAGAGAUUGGGACGGAGCUGGUGACGGUCCAGCAUCCUCAUCGGUACUCCGACCUGCGGAAGUACUAUUACGUACCCCCGAAGAGAUUCGCUUUCCAAGGCUUACCGGAGAAGACAUACUUUGGACUUCUUGGACUGGAGAACGCUGAAGGACUCAACCAUGUUCAUCCCGUUGCUGGACUGGUAGAUCGCUCCCGCGGGAUGCCACAGGACCUCGCCCUCGAGCCGAAGGACUGCCUGAUGCUGUACCGGUCGAUGAAGGCAAAGGCCACCGAUGCCUAUCCUCUCCCAGCAGAGCUUGACCCUCUCACGGCACUGCCGAAGGUACCAAGGAAGGUUGACAUCCUCGAGUGGGAGCGUAAGCUCAAGGCCUUAUUGAAAACCUGGCUGGAAGACAAUCAGUCACCAUACGCUCAAGUCCUUGCGGAUCUCGAACACAGCUUCAGAGACGCCAAUCAAGAGAACUUGCAAACGACACGAGCUGAAUCUGCUUCAGAAUCUCAAGUAAUCGGUUCUGCUGUCAACCUUCUUGAGUCCACCCUGCCCCUCCUCUGCCGACUGCAGGAGCAAGAGGCUCUUCCAGCAAUCCUGUUCAACUACGACCGCCACGAGUGUGAGAAGGUUUGUCAAGCGGUGGUCGAGCAAUUGGCUCAGGCCGAAGAAACUCAGGUCAAGAGUGGUCCGAAGUGGGAGAAGAAGCUUGAGCGGUGGGAGGAGUGGAAGAAGGCGCAAGAGAAGGCUGCUAUAAGAGAUGCCAGGGCCAGUAAGAAGAAGACAGCAAAGAAGGGCGAAGCUGGCGAAGAUGACGAGAAGGCUUCAAAGCUCGAUCAGGCCAUGGAGGCUGGCGCUGCUGAUGCAAGCUCAUGGGAGUUGUUCGAUCCUGCAGCACCGGUUGACGGCUACCACUUCGCCAACUACGCCAGAGUCCUUGCUUCCGAGAUGGAGAUUUACAUCAAGCAGCUGAGACGUCGAGAGGUACACGAAUAUCUCAUCGACGGUCUGAAGCGUGGUGUUGGUGUCCAUCACGCUGGUAUGAACCGCAAAUAUCGGCAGAUCGUGGAGAUACUCUUCCGCAAAGGAUUCCUGCGCGUUAUUGUCGCAACUGGAACACUUGCGUUGGGUAUCAACAUGCCUUGCAAGACCGUCGUGUUCAGCGGCGACUCCGUCUUCUUGACGGCGCUCAACUACCGGCAGUGCGCUGGUCGUGCCGGUCGACGUGGGUUUGAUCUUCUCGGAAACGUAGUCUUCCAGGGCGUUUCUCGUGAGAAGGUCUGCCGACUGAUCAGCUCUCGCCUCCCGGAUCUGAAUGGACACUUUCCGAUUACUACAACACUGGUCUUGCGCCUGUUCACGCUUCUCCACGAGUCGAAGAACUCCUCGUACGCGGUCUCGGCGAUCAAUGCGCUCCUAUCGCAGCCGCGCAUGUACAUGGGAGGGCCUUCGUUCAAGGAUCAGGCGAUGCAUCACCUCCGCUUCUCGAUCGAAUACCUUCGGCGACAGUUCCUACUCGGCUCUAACGGAGCCCCCCUCAACUUCGCCGGCCUUGUCAGCCAUCUCUACUUCACAGAGAACUCAUCCUUCGCUUUCCAUGCGCUGCUCAAGGAAGGCUACUUCCACGAGAUCUGCGCUGGGCACGAGACCAAUGAGAAGGAUACGAUGGAGACACUUAUGCUUGUAAUGUCGCACUUGUUCAAUCGCAGGCACUGUCGGCAGGCAGACGAGGAGUACAAAAAGAAGGUGGUCAAGCCGUCUUCGUCGAUUGUGUUCUUGCCACCGAUGCCGGCGAAGGCUGCAAACAUCUUGCGCAGACACAACAAGCAGACACUGGAAGUUUACAGAACAUACGUGGAGAGCUUCGUGGAUCAGCACGUCAAGCACCCAGAUCGCAAGCUGCCCUUGACCGGCAUGGAAGCCGGUGGCGACAGCUCGGAGGGCCAGAAGGUUCUCGGGUCUCGUCCAGCGACCAAGACAAGGUCAGCGUUCGUCGCUCUGUCCGGCGCUGGCGAUGACUUCGAAUCCAUUUCUGCGCUCUGCCAGACCACACGCGAAGGCGUCUUCCUCGAAGAAGCUGUUAUCCCGCACGUCAGCGUGCAUCCUGACGAGACUGACCAACCACUCAACGCCUGGCUUCUGGACUUCUACAAGCACGGCGACGUCCACACCAUCGAGCGCGCGAACGGCAUCCGCCGAUCCGACAUCUGGUUCAUGCUUAACGAUUUCUCACUCGUCCUCGCCACGCUGAUCGCUUCGCUGAUGGGCUACAUGAAGUUGCGCGAAGGUAGUGAUAUGGAGAUGCUGGAUCUCGUGGGUGACUUCGACGCACACGAAGAGUCAAAGGACGAGAAGGCCGGCGCUCAAGAAGAGGACAACGUCAGCAUCGGAGCAAUGAGCAUGGCCGACUCUGCGAUCGGGAUGCCCGAGCGUCCGAAGCAGGUCAGCAAGAAGAAGGCGAAGAAUGCUGAGAGCUGGGAGGAUGUUGCUGAAGAGGAGGAUGCGAUGGCUCGGGCUGAAGCCAUGCAGAAACCGGGUGAGGUGAUGGAAGAUGAAUCGGCGGAUGGGGGUGCUUGGGGAGGUGAGGAUGGCGAGAAAGGGCUGCAGAACGUUUUGAGGGCGUUUACGAAGUUGCAUGCGGAGUUCAACGUCAAGUUCAAGGCUAUGUGGGCUUAA